AUGGCAGACAAAACACGAGAGACCAGGAUCGAUGAUGUUGAGAACUUGAAACCCGCUGAGGACACAGGCAAUGUUCGUCUACCGGUACCCAGCAACGACCCCAACGAUCCUCUUAUCUCGGUCUAUCUUACAGUCUGUUUCUUCACCUUCAUCGCCAACGUAAACGGGAGCAAUUUUACUGUCGCUAUAGUGCCACUCCGAAAACACUUUCACAUCGAUGCCACCGAUGCAACUCUUCUGGUUGGGCUCAACGUCCUCAUGUUUGGAAUUGGCAAUAUCUUCUGGGUCCCUUUGAUGCGCGUGCUUGGUAAACGCCCGGUAUACCUCAUGGCUUUGACUGUCCUGACCGUGGCCAACAUUUGGAGUGCAUUCGCACAAACUUGGGGCAGUCUACUGGGUGCGCGUAUGCUCAGUGGCGUUGGUGCCGCGUGUGCUGACGCUACUGUUCCUUCUCUCGUGGCCGAGAUGUUCUUCUUUGACCAGCGUGGCCAUUGCAUGAUGUUUUUCCACGUAGCUUUGGCGUCUGGUCUUUUCUUGGGGCCGUUGAUCAACGCCUAUAUUGUUGGAUUGCAUGGCUGGCGCUGGAGUUGUGGAUUCAUCGCCAUCUUCUCUGGCGUCUUGCUUGUUUGCACUUUCUUUCUUGUCCGAGAAACGCAGUACAGCAAGCCUCGCAUUCAGCACCCUGAAGGCGAUAUACCAGCUAAGAGAAGCUACAUUGGGUGGCUCUCCCCAACCAUCGGAUACAAUGCUCAGGGCCACUUCCUACGCACAUUUUGGGAUAUCCUUCGCAUGGCCACUUACCCACCUGUCUUCUGGGCCGGCAUCUUAAUCGGCUGUUUCGUUGGGUGGACCAUCGUCGUUCAAAUUGCUACAACACAAACGUUCACACAACCGCCCUAUCGAUGGUCCACAGGCACAGUGGGUCUCUUCUCCCUAUCCGCCUUCAUCGGCGCACUCCUAUCGUUCUACUUCGGAGGCCGUCUCAUCGAUCUCAUCGCCAACCGAGCCCGUCGCCAGGCUUCCCAUCCACGCCCCGAGAUCCGUCUUAUCGCUCUCGUCAUCCCUGCUUUCAUCGGCCCCCUAGGCAUCAUAACCUACGGCCAAUGCAUUGCCCACAAAACGACUUGGGUGGGUCCCGCAUUCGGCUUCGGUAUGCACGCCUUCGCCCUCACAGCGCUCAGCAAUAUCGUCGUUACCUAUGUUGUAGACUGCUACUCUUCGUUUGCGGGCGAGGCACUGGUGAUUGUGUUUGUGAUUCGCAAUGCCAUUGCUUGUGUAUUGAGUAUGUAUUCCAGUGACUGGAUUGCUGAGCAGGGGGCUUCGGAUGUGUUUGGCGAGAUGGCGGCGAUACAGUAUNUUUUGCUGUUGGGUGCUGUGCCGUUGUAUUUCUGGGGUCCUUCGUUGUUGAAGUUUACGAGUACGUAUGGCCCUAUGUUGAGGGUUGGGGGCUAG